AUGUCGCCGGCCGGCUGGCUCUUCUCGCUGGCUACCCCUCGUCUGAUCGUCUCCCGUAUGCAGACGGAGGAGAAGCUAGGUGUUUUCCGAGAGAUCCUUCUCAAGCUGCCGACCAGGGACGUGAGCCGCUGCCGCUGCGUCUCCAGGCUCUGGCGCGAUGUCGUCGCCGACCCCACUUUCCGCAAACUCCACGCCGAGGCCGAGGUCGCCGCCAAAGUCCCCGUCGCGUCGGAGGCCUUGCUUGUCAUGGAGACCCGCGAGGAUUGCAAGCCCGACGAGGCCAGUUUCUUCUGCGUCUCCUCGUCCAAGACAACGCCCAUGCCCCACCGGGUCGUCAUCCCCAGUGGCUACGGCCUCUCCAGCGUGUGCAAUGGCCUGCUUUGCUUCGCCCUCGACUCCGCCACCGAGGUGCCGGCGUUCGUCUGCAACCCUCUUACCGGCGAGACGGCGAUCCUUCCCAAGGUGUCAUCCGCGUGGCUCCCGGACGACCCUAACAUCUACCAUCAGUUCGCUUUGGGGUUCAGCCCUUCCACCAAGGAGUACAAGCUGUUUCGGUUCUUCACCUCGCCACCCGAUCCUGAAGGCGGGUGUCUCAGCGAGAUCGAGCAGGCGUGUGCACGUUAG